GGUUUACAGAAGGUGUGGUUGUGUUCAUUGUCUGUAGUGACGUGAGAAUCUUUCCCUUUCGAGUAGGAAGUGGUCGUGAAGAUUUUCUUUCAGUGAUUGAUCGUGGGUCAGAAAGGAUGAAGUUUUGAGUUAUGCUUGGAAGGGAGGAGAUUGUUAGCAGCAUGCGACUUCCAAUUGUGCGAUGUUGAUAGGCUGUUGGAGUGUGGGUUUGAAGUUUUAAUUGGCAUUGUAAAGGAAUCAACAGCUGGUUUUACGCAUGAUGGAUACCAUCAAAAUAGAACAACUUAAGACUGAACUAAGGACGUGCACGGCUUGCGGUGAACCGAUUGCAGAUAAGUACCUCUUCGACGUUGAUGGAUGCUCGUGGCACGGUUCCUGCCUGCGAUGUUCCGUCUGUCUGACGCUGCUGGAGCGACAGCCAUCGUGCUACUUUCGCGAUCGACAGGUCUACUGUCGAUCGGAUUAUGCAAAAGCCUUUGGCGCCAAAUGUUCAAAAUGCUCGCGAUCGAUCGCCCCCUCCGAUUGGGUUCGAAAAGCUCGAGACCUAGUGUUCCACCUGGCUUGCUUUUCCUGUGACACCUGCGGCCGACAGCUUUCCACCGGGGAACAGUUUGCCUUGAUCGACGACAAAGUCAUGUGCAAGAUUCACUACAUGGACAACGCCGAUGAGUCAAACUCCAGUGACGAUGGUUGCAGUACCGAUGGCUUCAAUAAAAACAAAUCGAAACGGGUGCGGACGACGUUCACCGAGGAGCAGCUUCACAUUCUGCAGGCAAACUUCCAAAUCGACAGCAAUCCGGACGGGCAGGAUCUGGAGAGGAUAGCUCAACUAACGGGACUCAGCAAGAGGGUUACCCAGGUGUGGUUCCAGAAUUCCAGAGCCAGACAGAAAAAGCAUACACACGUUUCUCGCGAUCACAGUGCUGGAAUGUACAACGCCCUCCGACAGGAUCUCAACAACAACAGUAAUACAAGCCUCAGUGAUAACGACAGUGGCAUGGGAAAACCACCAUCCAUGUUCAAUCAGCAUGUCAAUCUAAUCAACCUGAUGGUGUAACACAUAGGCAUGCAAUCGCUGUUGCACUUGCCACCGCCACCACAGCCUCCGGCGGGAGGAAGCUGUCCAAUGGAUGAUUGCACCGUUGAGUUGAACCAAGGGAAAUCGAAUCACAUGUGUUGAAUGGAAUAGAGUCGAUCACGAUCUAAAGUUAAACUGCAGACGUGAGCGGGUGUUAUCGUCCUCAUGGGAGACGAAGAAUAUCAGGAAACCAAAGAUCUGACAUAUAAUGUGUAUAGGGGACUAGAAUCGUUUAGUUAAAUUUUAGUAUUUAUAAAAAAUUCAAUUCAAAACAUUGGUUUUAAUCUAAUCUGUAAUGCUAGAAUAUAAUGUAUGGAUGUCAAAUGAGGCAACUCAUUGAGUAUAGGUGUAAAUACUUUUUACAGGUACCUAA